AAACGAACACACUCUUUGUCACUACACACCACAAAGGCAACAACUUCAGAGUGUACAUUUUUUUCUAACAUCAUCGAAUAUUGAGAGUCAAUCGUCUUGGGAGAAAAAUAUCUGAUUGCAGCAGAAAUUUCACCGAGAAAUGGCAUUCAGAUUAGUGAAAUUGUCGACAAAUUUGCGAUCAUUGUCUAAGGGAACCAAUGUAAUCCAACGUUUCAAGUCGUCCCAUGCCGCCGAUUUCAAGGCUGCCUUAGUCAAUGUUCCAGCAACUCAAUGUACUGCGUUAGACAACGGUUUACGAGUGGCUUCAGAAGAUUCGGGAGCACAAACGGCUACUGUUGGUCUUUGGAUUGAUGCCGGCUCAAGGUAUGAGGAUGCCUCAAACAAUGGUGUUGCCCAUUUCUUGGAACAUAUGGCAUUUAAAGGAACAGCGAAACGCUCCCAAACCGACUUGGAAUUGGAAGUGGAAAAUAUGGGCGCACAUCUGAACGCUUACACUUCACGGGAACAGACAGUGUUUUACGCAAAGUGUUUGUCCAAGGAUGUUCCGAAAGCGGUCGAGAUCCUAGCCGACAUCAUUCAAAACUCGAAGCUCGGCGAGUCCGAAAUCGAACGCGAACGCGGUGUCAUUCUACGCGAAAUGCAAGAGGUGGAAAGCAAUUUGCAAGAAGUUGUAUUCGAUCACCUGCAUGCUACCGCUUUCCAAGGUACCCCAUUGGGCCAGACCAUUCUUGGACCGUCAGCGAAUAUCAAAUCCAUCGGCAGAUCCGAUCUACAAAAUUACAUCAGCACCCACUACAAGGCAGCUCGUAUUGUGUUGGCCGCUGCUGGUGGUGUCAAUCACAAUGAAUUGGUUGGAUUGGCCAAGAAGGAAUUGGGCAAAUUGGACAACACAUUCGAUGGUCAAAGUCCAGCAUUGACUCCAUGCCGAUUCACCGGUGGUGAAGUUAUUGUCCGCGAUGACUCGAUACCCUUGGCUCAUAUUGCUAUCGCUGUCGAAGGUUGUGGCUGGACCAAUCAAGACAAUGUUCCGUUGAUGGUUGCCAAUACGUUGAUUGGAGCUUGGGAUCGAUCACAAGGUGGUGGCGUCAAUAACGCAUCCAAUUUGGCCAGUGCUAGUGCUGAACAAGGGCUAUGCCACAGUUACCAAUCCUUCAAUACAUGCUACAAAGACACCGGCUUGUGGGGCAUUUACUAUGUCUGCGAUCCGAUGAAGUGUGCCGAUAUGUUGGCCAGCGUUCAAAACGAAUGGAUGCGCAUAUGUACGAUGGCGACUGAAAAUGAAGUCGAAAGAGCCAAGAAUUUGUUGAAGACCAACCUCCUGUUGCAGUUGGACGGUACAACCCCAAUCUGCGAAGACAUUGGCCGCCAACAGUUGUGCUACAACCGAAGAAUUCCAUUGCACGAAUUAGAACGACGAAUCAAUAGCGUCACGGCGCAAAAUAUUCGUGACGUUGGAAUGAAAUACAUUUAUGACCGUUGUCCAGCCGUAGCCGCUGUUGGUCCAGUUGAAAAUCUUCCGGAUUACAACAGAAUCCGUGCAUCCAUGUUCUGGUAUCGACUGUAAUUUCGAUGCACUUGUCAAAUACAAAAUACAAAACAAAACAAAAAAAAAUUAAAAAUUCUUGAACCGAAAUAAAUUCAUAAAAAUGUCAAUGGGACGUUAGAUAAAUUAUUGAAAUAAAACCAAACAAAACGAAAACAAA